UCAUGAAAUUUGUUCGUAAUCCCAGUAGUUCAGAAAUGCCUGUAGCGUUAGUAACCAAGGAUGACUCCGCGGUCCAAAAUGUACCAUACGCAUUGCAUUUUAACCGCUCUCGCUCGUGUGGUGAUUGUUCGACGUUUGAUCCAGCCUUUGACGAUGUGAUGCGAAGAGCUCUGGAGAAGAGCUCGUAUGCCAAGCGUCUGAAUCCCCUUAUACGACAGCAGGCACUGCUGUCUCUUGUCCGCAACUUGGUUUUAUUUACAGCUUUUGUUGUUGAAUAUAUGCGAUUGCCAGCCCGGUCUGUCGGGGAGUUGGAACAUGAGGAAGCAGAAGAUCAAGAAGAGGAGCCAGACGGACGCCCGUUCCUCCUGCAAGCUUUCCCAUACCUUUUGGGAGGAUGCUGUGCACUUUCCAUUGCCGAUUUUGUCAACGCCGUCUUGCUGUGGUGCAGCAUGCAAAAUUGCGUGGACAUUGGUUCCUGUCGGAAGUGAAUGUGUGCCGAAGCAGCCGGCCUCCUGCCGGCUGCUGGGAAACCAUGCUCAUGGAAGCCUGUAUGGUGUUGCACUCAACGUUCGCCAUACUCGCCACCGGCAGCAUGGUGACUGUCGUUGCGAUCGUGCAGUUCAAUAACCCUACAUUUUUCUACAGUCUCUGGUGGCACGUUGCCUAUAUAUUGUGGCAUGGUUAUUACGUGGACACGACGGGGUACGACUUGGUAUUGGUGACUCUUCCGUUUAUCGGUUUAGCUGUGUACGGAGUGAUAACUGCCGGAAAGUGUUUCCGCAUGAUUCUGGCUUUUCAACAAAUUUGCUGGGUCGACGUCGACAUUGACUGUGUUCUAGAAAGCACGAUCGGGCCCAUCAUAUAUCGGUUACACCGGAAUUGUUAUGUGCUUUUUUACCGGGUGCACUACGUUUUAUGGGACCUUAUCGAUUGGGUGGUAUUUUGGAUGGAUUAUGUUGUCUUUGACAUUCUGCACCGAAAAGAAGUUUCCUGUGUUAAUGAUUAAGGACGAGCCACGCUCCAACCUCUGUCCAGAAUCCAGAUGUCUGAGGAUUCCACUGACCGAUCCGACCGUUAAAGACCGUUAAUUGCAGUACCUACAGUACUGCAAUUUUGCAAGUUU